AGCAUCAGAGGUUUCAUUGGCUGAAUUCAGUGAGUCGUUACGCGCCGUUCGCCACUCUCCUCUGACCGACAUAUUAUUGGAUGUUCUCAUCCAAUGACAUUCCACAAAGCUAGUAAAUGACUUGGGUUUAGACGAAUAAAUGACCCACUUCCUUUGUUUUCAUUGGGCUGUUUAUGUUUGUGGGCGGGGCAUAUUUCAUGUUUUUUGUUGGGGAAAAAAUGGCGGCGAUUGUAAUCUAAGGGAUAUCCUCACGUUUACCUAACGUCUACCUAACGUUUAUUACGGAGGAGGAGCUGCACGCUGGGUGUUCUAUCGGAACGAGAUCUCGUGCAGCGCUUCACCAAUAAGGGUACAUCAGCUGGAGCAGUAUCGGGGAAACGUUUAUCAGCUGGAGCAGUAUCAGGGUAACGUUUGUCAGAGGGUAAAUGUUGUUGCUGUAACCCACUGUUCAGUGAAACACAACAGUUGAGUUGACGUGAGCUCCAUGUUCUUCAACAUCAGCGCGCCAUAAUGCGUGGAUGCACAGAGCCCCUCAGCGUCUGACGGCUGUUCAGCCGUGUUGUGAGUUCACGAUCACUAGACUAUUCAGAUCUUCGCCAUUCAACUUCACAAACUGGUCUUCGUUUCGUAUUGGAAAUGUCCUCUCUGACCAAAGUUGCCCUAAAAUCCUCCAAGGCACAGGAGGGUCGUCCGCGACAUAGCACUCGCCUGCGCACAGGUUCCCGGAGACGUUACCAUGACGACGGCAUCUCAGACGAGGAGAUUGAUGGACGCAGGAUGUUUGACCUGGAGGACAAAGUGCACAGCGAGCGGUUCAGCUCGGACAGGGUGGUACGGAUGGAGGGCAAGGAUCUGACAUAUGAGUACAUUCAAAGAGGAGGUCUGAGGGAUCCCAUCAUCUUCGAGAAGCCAGAUGGAUUAGGAAUCAAAAUGCCAGAUCCUGACUUCAGUGUGAACGACGUUAAGAUCUUUGUAGGGAGCAGACGCAUGGUGGACGUGAUGGACGUGAGCACGCAGAAAGGCACAGAGAUGUCCAUGGCGCAGUGGAGGCGCUACUACGAGACGCCGCACGCACAGCGGGACAAGCUGUACAACGUCAUCUCCCUUGAGUUCAGCCACACCAAGCUGGAGAAUCUGGUCAAGAGACCGGCCACGGUGGAUAUGAUUGACUGGGUGGACAACAUGUGGCCCCGUCACCUGAAGGAGAGACAGAGGGACUCCACCAACUCCAUCACUGACAUGCAGUACCCCAAAGUCCAGAAGUACUGCCUGAUGAGUGUGCAGGGCUGUUACACAGACUUCCACAUUGACUUCGGAGGAACGUCAGUUUGGUACCAUAUACUGAGAGGAUGCAAGGUGUUCUGGCUGAUUCCCCCCACCCCUCAGAACCUGGAGCUCUAUGAGAACUGGGUGUUGUCAGGAAAACAGGGCGAUGUCUUCCUGGGAGACCGUGCUUCUGACUGCCAGAGGAUUGAGCUGAAGCAGGGGUACACCUUCAUCAUUCCUUCAGGCUGGAUCCAUGCCGUGUACACGCCCGUGGACACCCUGGUGUUUGGCGGCAACUUCCUCCACAGCUUUAACGUUCCAAUGCAGCUGCACAUCUCCAGCAUUGAGGACCGCACGCGGGUGCCCGCCAAGUUCCGCUACCCGUUCUACUUUGAGAUGUGCUGGUACGCCCUGGAGCGCUACGUCUUCAGCCUCACCGGCACCUCCUAUCUCACGCCUGAGUUCCAGAAGCACUCGCUGGGCAUCGGCCUGAAGAAGCCGUCUCCGGCAGACCCGGACAGCGGAGACGUAGACGAUAUGGGCGAGGGUGGCAGUAGUGAUGGAGAUGCAGACGGCUCCUCUUCCAAGCCACCAGUGGGCAAAGUUCACAUGGCCCCGUUCGAGCUGGAGGGGAUGUGGAACCUACUUGGCAAGCUGGAAGCCCUGCCGUCCAACAAGAAGUGUGUCCCCGCAGGCAUACACAACGCGCCCGCCCUACUCACACACAUCAAAGCCCUGCUUAAGGAGCAUGCCAAUGACAACCCAAAACUUUCCUACACUGGCAAACCAAUCAUCACAUGGCCAAAGAGGCCUUCGUGGUACCAGCCUCCCCCUCCACCACUGCCCCCACCACGCCCCAAGCUGGCCAACACCCCCGUGCUGCCACGUCCCCAGAAGCCUGCCUCCUCCAUGUCGGUGCUGAGACGCCGGCGCGUCAGGUGCAAGCGCUGUGAGGCCUGCAUGAGGACCGAAUGUGGCGACUGCAACUUCUGCAGAGACAUGAAGAAGUUCGGCGGGCCGGGGAAACUGAAGCAGACCUGCAUCUUGCGCCAGUGUCUCGCUCCCGGCCUCCCCCUGUCGGCGGUGUGCGAGGUGUGCCAGGAGCCAAACCAGGACGACACGGGCGAUCCCAGCCUCCUCUUGAUGGAAUGCUCCAACUGCGCAGAGAUCGUCCACCCUGCCUGCCUCACGGUACAAGGAGAUGGAGUGAUGAACAGCGAUUUACCCAGCUGUUGGGAAUGUCCAAAGUGUGUCUUGGGGAUCACGGACCAAGAGUCGUCAGGCAGUGACGAGUCAUUGGUUAACCGUCCGCGUCGCCGUCAGCAACUGCCCGACUUCCCCGAAGGGCCCCUGGUCCUGCGGCUUGGCCCCGGGCCCUCCACCUGGCUGGGGGACCUGGCUGGGGCCCAGCAGGGUGGGGGCCCUCCUCUUCCUCUCUCCUCUGGCUCUUUCUCCUCUUCCUCAGCCUCCCUCCUUUUGGUUGCGGCACCUCUGCCUUCUAGGCCAAUCAGCUCGAGACUGACUCCUAAAGGAGACAAAAACAAGCCACUCCCCCUGAAGCGCAAGUCCACCUCGCUGCUGGACUCCCGCAUCGCCAAGAUCUACCGCAGGCACAGGCACGGCCGCGACGGAGACGACUCCGGCAGCGAGGAUGACCAAGUGUCUCGGAGGAGGAAGCUGGGCCUGCACCCCCGGGGUGGGGGCAGUUCCAGGAGGGGCUACCGCAGGGGCCUACUGAGGGGGGGAGCCGGCCACCGGGGCAGCAGGGCCGGGGGGCUGGCCAUGGGCGGCUCUGGGAUUAGGAUGAAGCGCGGCAUAGGGCUCCGGAGGGGCCGCGGCGUCAGGCUGAGGGGGGGCUCCAGGAUGCAGAGAAGGGGGGGAGAUGACUCUGAGGAGUCGGAGGACGAUGACGACGACGACGACGACGACGACGACGAUGACGAGGAAGAAGAGGUGGACGACAGCGAGGGUGGGGGGAAGGAGGGCCAGAGAGGGAGGAGGAGGAGGCGCCGCCGCGGGACGGACGAUGACGACGAUGAGGAAGAGGAUAGUGACAGCAGGGAGUUUGACCCGGAGGAAGAGGACGAGGAGAUGGACCACUAUGUGGAUGAGGAGGAGGGGGAGGAAGGGCACUGGGACUCGGACCCAGAGCCGCCCGUCCUGCUGGUGUCUGACCUGACCGAUGACCUGCUCACUGGGUCCUACCUGACGGUCACCCUGCAGCGGCCCCAGAAGGCCAAGAGGCUCUCAGGCUCCAUCGUCCCCAAGCUAGAGGCGGCCAUGGGUCCCAGGACAGCCAUCUUGGGCCCGGGGGGACACCAGAGUUUUGUCCAGCGCAAGUCGGCCCUCUCCAAACCCUCUCGGGUGAAAGGCGAGGCUGAUGGUGUCACCCUGGCCAGAGGCUCUGGCAGGCCCCGUGUCCGCGGCCUGCCCACCUCCGCCUCCUCCUCUGACGAGGACGGCCCCCGCGUGGCCGACACCGCCACCAUGUCCCCGCCCUCUACGCUGCUGUCGCUGCCCUCCUUCAAGGACGCGGGCAGCGAGCGAGGCGCCGACAAGGAGGUGUGGGUAUCGGUCUUCAGGUUCCUGAGCCGCCCCGAGCUGCUGGCAUGCAUGAGUGUCUGCAAGGCCUGGUACAAGUGGAGCUUUGACAAGCGCCUGUGGAGCCACGUGGACAUCAGCCGCAGCACCCGCCUCAGUAACCAGGCCCUGGCUGGAAUCAUCAAGAGGCUGCCCACCUCCCUGGACCUCUCUUGGACACCUGCCGCCAAGAGGCAGCUGCACUGCCUGCUCACACGCCUGCCAGGGCUCCGGGAGCUGCGUGUGGCGGGCCUGCCCUGGUUCGGCCUGUCUGCCCUUGUGUCCCCCACCCUGCCCUGCCUCAGGCUGCUGGACCUGCGCUGGUGUCAGGGCAUCAAGGACGUCCAGAUGAAGGACCUCAUCCUGCCACCUGGCCUGGGCUCAUCCCGCAGCCGCCUGAGGAACAUGUCGGCGCUGUACCUGUCGGGCCUGGAGGUGAGCGACUCCACCCUGCGGCUGCUGCAGCGCCACAUGCCCCAGCUUGAGCGGCUGGACCUGGCCCACUGCCCGGCUGUCUGCGACACCUCCAUCGCCCUGCUGGCCGCCGCCGGCACGCACACCCGCCACAACCUCACCGAUCUCUAUCUUGCCGGUUGCAACCGGCUGACGGACGGUUGCCUGCCCUACCUGAAGCGCCUCUCUGCGCUGGAGCUGCUUGACCUUCGGGGCUGCGACGGCGUGAGCCGGCGGGCGUGCGAGGCCUUCAUCUCAGACCUGUCCCACGUGGCGUUCUACUGCAUGAUGGAAGAAAAGCUCAUCCAGCGCAUCCCCUAAGGGGCGUUUCCCAGCAGGCACGGCGUCAUCCGGGCCCUCUGUUGCAGGGGAGCGGCGCCACCAAAGCCUGUUUCCAGCCUGUUUCCAGCCUGUUUCUAGUCUCCUAGCCUGGGACCCCAAGAGGAGAAUGGCUGUGUUUGUAAAUGUUUUUUCUCUGUGAAGUUCUUGGGUUCUUUCUGCUGGGCUCUUUUCUGCCUGGCCUUCAUGUUUGCGAGUCUUUGUUACAUUUCAUUUUUAAACAUUCUAAAAAAAGAACACUAAUAAAGUGUAAAGUGAAUACGGA